CCAUCUCCCAAAACAUACUGGCAACUUUUCAUACUUCAUGCACCGGAUUGAUGUGUGCUUAGAAUCCACGUUAUCUCGCUCGCCACAAUUGCUCCCAACUUCAGUACGAUCCAUUUCCCCUAUAAAUCUCCUCCGGUUUCUGUGAUCACCGUGCCGCGCCACAGUUUACCGGAUCGAUGAAGCCCGGAAGUCUCCUCUCCCCCCUUCUCCUCGUCCUCUUGUUUCAAGCUUGCCGGUCUGCGUCCAACCAAACCACACUCGGUGGAGCAGACGAGGCUCGCCGACUGCCUCGACUCAACCAGAGCCAGCCGGCUCCAGGUGGCCUCAAUGCGACCGUCGUCUCGAGGGCGGGGAAUGGGGAGUUGGACGCCAUGAGGAGCACGACCCACUCGAAGGGUGGCGGCAGCGGUGGCGGCAGCGGUGGCGGCAGCGGUAGCGGUAGCGGCGCGGGAAAAGGAGGAGGGAAGGGCGUCGGGAGCGGGAAGGGCGAGGGCGGCGGGUCGCAGUCGGUCCGUCAGCCGCGCGACCCGCGAAGCAGCGGGGCGUCGAGGCGGCGGCCGUGCUCGUCUCUCGCGCGGCUCCUCCUCCGUCUGCACCUGCUCUGCCUCCUGCUUUGGUGGUGGUGGCGGUGGUGA